AUGGCUCCAGUCUGCUUUGUGCCUGAAAGUUUGCAGACAAGCAUCGGGUCUUUCCUGGCAAGCUCGCGACUUCUCACAGCGAUCAAUCUGGUCACCAUGACUACUUCUCUGCAGCCAUUGGGAUGGCUACUCCAAGAGGAUCGUGUCAUUGACGCGAAGAGGCUAGAUGUCGGGAGAGGCGUGAAGUACGGACAGAACCGUACGAUGAUUCGAGUCAGCGAGGAUCCAGACAUUUUGGUCGCCCCGGAGUUUCUUUCUGAAGAAGAGGUGGACGAGCUCCUUGCAGCUAGCAGUGACCGCUGGUAUCCCUCCUUGGUAGAUGCAUACGGGACAGGAGAGGCGACGCGAUCAGUUCUUGAUCGCUCCUCAUACCAGUGCCAUAUGGACUGGGCCGAAAGCCCUCUUGUAGAGAGGAUUGAGGCGCGCUUGGCAGAGAUGACCGGCAUGACAGUGGAGCAUCUGGAGCAGCUCACGUUGGUGCGCUACUCGCCGGGGCAGUUCUUCAACCUUCAUCAUGAUGGGCCGCAUCGCCCAAAGACCGUGUUUGUGUACCUGACAGACUCGCCAGACGAAGGAGAGACGUAUUUUCCGUUGCUGGGCAUGAAGUUUACACCCCGACGAGGCACAGCUGUCAUGUGGAGGAAUUGCAAUGACAGGGGACAGGCUGAUGACCGCCUGUACCACCAGGCACUACCACCCGAAACAGUCACAAAAGUCGGCAUGAACUGCUUCUUCAAUGGGGAGCGUGUAAGGCCCUGA